AUGGAUAUCGUCGGUAAGCUCCCCGUUGCCCCAGGAGGAUUUAAGUUCCUCCUGACCGCCACAGACUAUUUCUCGAAAUGGAUCGAGGCCGAACCCUUGGUAACUAUUGAAGAAGCAAACAUCAUUCGUUUCGUUUGGCGAAAUAUCAUUUCACGCUUCGGUGUUCCUUUCGCCAUUAUUACAGACAACGGACGGCAGUUUAUCGGACAGAAAUACCGAGCCCUAUUAGACGAGUACGGCAUCAAAUGGGAUACAUCCACUCUGGCUUACCCCCAGGGCAACGGACAGGCCGAGGCUGCAAAUAAAGCAAUUUCAUAUGGACUUAAGCGACGACUCGAAUCACGCCGAGGCAAGUGGGCCAAAGAGCUAGCCAAGGUGAUACCCUCGGACAAAACUCCCACAAAGCCGCCCCGGCCUCUUAGGUCGUUUGGUUUUCUGGUCACUCGCUUUAAGGAUACUCGGCUUCCUACCAAGCCCCUUAUACCGACCCGCCAAAAGUCUCUCACUGCUCGGACUCGCUGCGUCCCGAACCUAUGGCAGAAGCCAUAUCCCUUCGCGACUCUGGCCUACGUCCCAAAGCAGUAA